AUGCAAAACCAUCCCCGUGAGCCCAACGACAACGUGAGGCCUCGGAACCAGGAGACGGAAGCGCUAUACGAACCCAUCGAUCAAGACCUUCUGAGGAAAUAUAUUCUCUAUGCAAGGACGAGUGUAUUCCCCAAGAUAUCGGAUGUGGAUGCAGACAAGUUGGCCAACUUCUACAAGGAAAUCAGAUCAGCUGCCUCUGAUAGUCACGGGCUUCCCAUGACGGUCAGGCAUAUAGAGUCGAUGAUCCGUAUGGCUGAGGCAAGUGCUAAGAUGGAGCUUAGAGACUAUGUCACCAGUAAGGACAUUGAUCAUGCCAUAGCCACUAUGCUGAGUUCCUUCAUUAUGACGCAGAAGCAUGCUGUUGCCGAGAGGCUCCGUCGGAGGUUCGAAGCCAAAUACAUCUCGAGUGUAGCAGAUCAUAAUGAACUACUUCACUUCAUGCUUAGGAAAAUGUUCAAACAACAGAUGGAUUUGGUCUUGCUCACGACUGGUAUUGGUAGAGAUGCAGCAGAUGUUGACGAUGCGGACAUACCCGAGAUAACAAUUGAUAAGGCAGCUUUCAUUUACUCGCUAUUCCCUUUCAGCAUGAGGCUCAACAAGCUGAUUUGA